CAGCUGACAACAAUGGCAAAUGAAAAUGGGGAUUUACCUUUUAGCUGUAUCUAUCAACGCCGUCAUACAGUGCUAUAUCUCUACUCACACGUACAAUACUUUAUGCAAGACAUAAUUCCCGAAAAAAGCCCUAUCUAAAGGAUUUGCAUGACGAUUAAGCCUCGAUUUGGAAGGAAUCACCAACCCUGAUCCGAUGAAGCGAGAUGAGAAGCUGAAGACCCCUGCGCGACAUGACAGCCCUGUUAGUCGAUAUGCAUGAAGCGCGAAGCUGAACAACUCCACAGCGAGCGGCCGGGGGAAUAUCUGCAGCUAUAAGCGGUAAUUAUCCAACACGUGGGUGAGAUCUACUCAGAAUCCUUUGGCGGCUGAACCCCCCAAGCUCUCACCACCAUCCAUCCAUUUUGCCUCCUCGCCAUACCUUCCUACCACAGUCCAACGGUAUCAUAACCAAUCCACUCCUCCAAAGCCUCACCAUCCAUUCCUCCAAAGCCUCGCCCCGACGCGACGAGCCCUCCGCCACAAUGACGACCACCCCCAACAACCUCAGUUCCUUCUUCUUCGUCCCCGGCCUCCCAAAGCACCUAUGCCCCGGCAUGCCCUGGGAAUGCGUGCCCCCAGCAGCAUGCGCCCGUGACCCCACGACCGGACGAGCAUUCUGCUGCGACCCUAAAAGCGUGUGUUUUGCCGGCGUCGCGACGUGCGCCAGCGAUGGCAGCACGUUUCAAUGCGGCACAGGGACGAAUACGUGGUGCUGUACUAGUGAUACGGAGUCUUGUACGGGGUCGACUGGGCAGACUAAUAUCUGCUGGAGUAAAUCAUACGAUGUGCUUAUGGAUAUCGGGUCAAUCCCUCUCAAUGAAACUUAUUCCUCCCUCAGCUCCGCAGACCCAGAGGCGACAUCUUGGGCCUUUGAUCCUAAGUCUUUGAUUGCUGCCACGCAGACAACCUCCCACACAACCUCCAGCACGCCUUCAUCUACGCCCUCAACUACGCCCUCAACUACGCCUUCGUCCACCGACACGACCACCGCGCCAACCACCAGCGCCUCCGACGCCUCGAAGGCGGGCGCAUCCAACACGCCCUCCCCCACACCAUCCGACCUCUCCUCCACCUCAUCAUCUAAAUCCCUCUCCGGCGGUGCCAUCGGCGGCAUCGUAGUCGGCGCCGUCGCCGCCGUAGUCCUCGUUGCUCUCGCGGUGUUCUUUCUCAGGAGGAGGCGGCAACGGGCGGAGAGCGAGAAUAAAGAGGGGAUUCCGUGGGCGGCGCUGCCGCCGCAGGGCCCGGCGCAUGAGUUGCCGACGGGGAAGCAGGAGCCAGUGCAUGAGUUGGCGGGGGCGAGGGCGGUGGUGGAGUUGCCGGGGAAUGAGAGGUAUCGCUAGGGGUAGAUGGGAGGUCUGUUUAUGGGACUACAAGGAUAAUGUUGAAGUAGGCGAGGAGGAUGGGGAUAGUGAGGCAUGAGGAUGUGAAUGCGCGACCUGCACGACGAUCUGUGUCGAGUGAAGGAAAUGGCCAUCGAUUAGUUUUUGAGAUCAUAGAUGCCCUGAAGGUAGGUGGACCGACAAACAUGCCCAGAGAGUUCAAGUACUGUGGCAUUAACCACGCGCCGCGCACCCUCAGACACCAGGCACUUCUCUUGGAUCUCCAGGGAUGAAAGGAAGUGUGCGGAAUUGGAUCUCCUGUGUGACUGCCGAUUGUAAUGUUGAACUGAUUGAAUAUGGAGGGAGGGAGGAGGGUAUGCGAUAUAUAAAUAUCUAGAUCUAGAGCAGACAAAUUUAUGUAUGAUAGCUAAUUAUUCCUACAGAGAUUUGGGAAUACGGUAUUGGUUGCGAUACAACAAGCUAUAUAAAUUAUAUCUAUAGACCAUCGGCCUACUUAAGUGGAUAGCCUAGUAGUACAA